UCCACUAUUUUGUUUUUAUUUUCUAAAGUAUGACAAUAUUUCAAGAAAUUAAGAUGGUAUCACCUUUUUCUGUACAUCCCUUUAACUAUUUCAUAUAACUUCUAAGUGUAUAUAGUCUCUUAUCACUAAUUCGUAUUAUGAAAAUAUCGUUUUGUCACUUACGGUUUGCGCAAUCUUAACUUUCUAAAGUAGGUUGACAUGUGUCUAGUUAGUGUGUAGGUGGCAUCAUUCUGAUGGCGGAAUGUGUUUGGCGCUCUACAAAGUAAUGUUUCUUAGAAAACUCUCCAAACUUUAUAUCUCCUAAUUCGGGUAAUCAGCUAUCAAAGGUAAGAUACGUUAUCAAAUCUCGUAGAAUACUAUAUUAAACUAAAGUAGUUUAACUACAUUGAAAGUUGUCUUUAUUAAAGAGCUUAAGAUAUUUUCAUUACCAAAAUAUCUAUACUUUUAUAUAUUAAUCAUCUAGCAUUAGCGAUUAAGACUCAUACUAUUUCUCCACGUACAAAGGGGAGUCGUCAUUAAGUUCUCUACAACCAAAAUCAUAGUUGGGCAGAUACUUGAACUAUCGGAAAAUUGGUUUAGCCUAACUAAAGUCCUUCUUAAGAAAAUGAUAAACUUAUAGACCAGUAGACAUUACAAAGUUUCUUGAGCGCAAAUUGUAGGAUCUUACUAUGGACGGUUCGAGUUAAUUCGGCAUCUAUUAACAUUUUGCAAUCCCUUUCUUUACCCAUGGCAUCUUUGGUUUGAUCUUCAGAAAGACUCGAUCAACUUUCUUUUUGGCAUCAGACUCUAUUAUUAAACUUUUAAUUACUAUUUUUCAUUGUUGCAUGCAUUUUACAACCAUCCAUGGAUUUUUAUUUAUUUUUCGGUCAAGAGAACAGUCACCUUUUCAGUUUGAAUGGACCAUGUGAAGAGAAAAAAAAUAUACCCAAAUUCGGUCUUAAUAAAUAUAAAUGAGGUGUUUCCAUAUAUUAUAACGAUAUUAGCUUAAUAACUGUCUACGCUUAGUUUAAUUCAAAAAGCAACGAUCGAACAAAUACACUUAAGUUACGUUUAACUUAAUCAAACGCAAAAAAAAAAAAACUUAAUCAAACGCGAUAAUUAACAAUUACUUUGUCACGUUUCUAUGUGACAAUAUGAGUGUGUUAACGAGUACAAGGCAGGAAACUGACUAAAGAAUCUCUGGACGUUAUCGUUCCAACUUCCAAUGGCUAUAAUACUUAUGUCAAAUAUUUCAUUUUCUGUUCUACAAAAGAUUAUGAUACAAUAUUUAAAAUGAACAUUCACGACCAAAUUCAGUAAUAUAUAUAUAAUAACCUGAGCAUAAAUGAUCAACUUAUCAGUACGUAUAAGUAGAUUAUGAAAAAGAUUUCAAAGCCAAAAAUAAAUAAACACUUAACUAUAUUCAGUAGACUUGGACAUAAAGUAACAAGUGUAAACUAUCAAAGAAUAAUAAUUAUUUUAAAAUAAAAAAAGCUCUAUUGUAUUCUAAAUGACUGAAAUAACCUUACCCGGUCGCUCUAUAAAGCUAUGGGCCUCUUGGCCUCUCCAAAAACCUCUCAGACUCAAAUCAAAUCUUUCUUUUUUUUCAAAAUUCUAAUUCUUAAAAAACGAAACUAAACAAAACAAAAAAAAUGGCGCGCCUUCUCUUCCGUCUACUCGGAGAAUCCAAUACUCCGUCGUCCGUGGCGGACACCUCCACCGUCACUUUGAAUUCCGAUCUCAUCAUCAUCCUCGCUGCUCUCCUCUGCGCCUUGAUCUGCGUUCUCGGUCUAAUCGCUGUUUCUCGAUGCGUCUGGCUCCGUCGUCUCGCCGCCGGUAACAGAUCCUCCUCCGGCGGUUCCGGUCAAUCUCCUCCGCCCCAGGUAACGGCGGCGAACAAAGGACUGAAGAAGAAAGUGCUCCAGUCACUCCCGAAGAUGACUUUCUCGCCGGAAUCACCCUCGUCGGAGAAGUUCGCCGAGUGCGCCAUCUGCCUGACGGAGUUCACCGCCGGCGACGAGCUCCGGGUUUUGCCGCAGUGUGGUCACGGGUUCCACUUGUCUUGCAUUGACACGUGGCUCGGGUCUCACUCGUCUUGCCCUUCUUGCCGUCAGAUCUUGGUGGUUGCCAGGUGUCAUAAGUGUGGCGGUUUGCCCGGUAGCUCUAGCUCCAGACCCGAACCCGAACCCGAAGUUGUGAUCCGAAUCAAGCAAGGCGAAGAUGAUCCUAACUCCUCCUUGCCCUAAUUACUUUUUAGUUUCUUCGUGUGUUAGAUAACUCCAUAAUUUAAAGCAGGUCAUUUUUAGUGGACACUGUUUACUCCCUUAAUGUAUAAUGUUUAUUGUAAUUUGUAAAUGUUGUAUGAAAUCAAAAUUUUACGAUUUGAACUUAACUUUUUUUA